GUUAGAUUAACUAAUUGUUUUAUUUAGUUGAGUGGCCGGUCAAUUACAUAAUAGACGUGUUUUGUGCGCUCUGACUUUAUUAUAAUGGAUAUUCGAAGUGACGCCGUACAAUGGUAUACUGAAGACUUAUGGUAUCAGAUGGUGGCUGAAUCGGGGAAUCCAAGUGACAGAUAUCAUCUUGGGAAGGCCAUAUUGCGACGAUUUAAGGAGGACCCAAAUUUUUUAUUACAAAUUGAUGGAGCCAACGAUGAGAGGGACACAUUUGGGUCCAUGAUGGUCAAAUCUAUACGAUGUGCUGAAUCUUUCCGUAGACUAGGCAUUAAGAAAGGUGAUGUCAUCGUUCUCAUGGCACCAAACAGUUUAGACUUGACGGCACCCCUAUACGCAGCAUUUUACCUUGGAAUCGCUGUGGCAUGCAUAGAUAUGAAUUUACUCAAAGUGGAAAUACAGCAAAUAUUCAAUGACACUAAACCAAAGUUUGUGUUCUGUCUCGCAUCGAAAGCUGCUGAUGUGCAAGACGUACUGACUUCACUCAACGUAGAUGGACAUAUAGUAACAUUUGGAAAAGAUAAAAAUUUUAAUACUUUCUCAGAGUUUUUGGAUACAUACUGCAUUGAUACUAAUACUGACAAGUUCCAAGUUGAGGAAUUCGAUCCUGUAGAAACUGAAGCCAUACUGCUAUCCACCAGCGGUACAACUGGUCUGCCAAAAGUGGCAACAUUGACGCAUAAGAACUGUACAAUCGGACUUCUACAUUUAUGGUCCAUGAUAAAAGAGUUUCCUGCCACGGACCUAUUUCCGAUAGUGAUAUCUCCAGUGCAAUGGCUCUCGGCGCAUAUACAUUUCGUAUACUCGCCUAUAUUAAAAUACACUAGACUGCAGACUUCCAUGCCACUUACUUCAGAUCAUGUAUACGACCUUAUCAACAAGUACCGACCUACGUACAUAUUAUCCAGUCCUACAUUUAUGGUAAAGCUACUGACGCCCGGGGAACGAGAUAAAUGUGACUUUAGUUCAUUUAAAUGGAUUUUUCUUGGAGGAAGUGCUGUGUUCCAGGAAGUUAUUGAUUUGAUCAAAACUGUAAACAAUACCGCAAGAAUAUACAAAGGAUACGGUUUAAGUGAAACAACUGGUUUAUGUUUAGACUUGAAUGGAGUUUACCGGAAUUCCAGUGGAAAGCCUUACGGUCACCUACAGUAUCGAAUUGUAGACGUGAACACUCAAAAAGAUAUAUACGAAUGCAAUGUGACUGGAGAACUAUGGGUAAAAGGACCGACUGUAUUUAAGGGUUAUUGGAAUAAACCAAAAGAAACAAAAGAAGCCCUAACAAGUGAUGGAUGGCUUAGAACCGGAGACUUAUUUUACAGAGAUGAAAAUUAUAACUUUUACUUCGUAGAUCGCUUAAAAUUAUUACUUAAGUACAGGAAUCAUCAGAUAUCACCAACGGAAAUAGAAAAUGUAAUCUGUGGUUACCCAGGCGUCUUAGAUGUUGCUGUGACCAGUAUUCCUGAUCUGGAGUGUGGGGACUUGCCCGUGGCUUGUGUGAAAACCUUAAAGGGUGCUCAGAUCUCAGCUCAGGAGAUUAAAGAUCUAGUUAAGGCCAAUCUCACUGACACAAAACAGUUACGAGGUGGAGUGCUUUUCCUUCAAGACUUUCCGAUUACACCCACAGGCAAAAUAAACCGAAGUUUAUUGAAACAAGUAGUGGCAGAAUCUAACGAUAUAUUAUGAAAUAAUUUUAUGUUUAAAUUUGUAUAAAUUAUUAUAUUACUUUUUAUGAAUAAAUUUUUAAGCGUUUAUUUCAUACGAAUGUGUGAAUAUGAUAAAUUUA